UUCUGUACACACAGACACACACACACACACAGUAUAACACAGAAGGCAUUUAAAAGACAACGCUAUGGCGUUUUGACCAACACUUUCAGCCCACAUCCAUACAAACAUCAUGAACUAUCUCCGUUGACAAACACACAUUCAUGCACCCGUGAUGGCGAGCGCGCUGCAGAUGAAGCACUCCAGUCUGGAACACACACGGAAGCGCGUGAUAGACCCACGGCGGAGGCAAGCUGCACUCUCAUUCCUCAGCAACAUCUCUCUGGACGGACGACCCGUGCAGGAUGACGGGGACAAUCAGACCGAAGAGGAGGACAGCUCUGUUAUGGAAGCAAGGACUAGACAGAGCCUGGUUUCAGCAGUGGGCCAGCAGCAGGCACUGGUCGGAGCAGCGAACCAGGCUCUCAGCAGUGCCCGAGCUGCUGGCUUCAUGGCCGGGCUGACGGGUCCCAGCGCGGCUGCUGUUGCUGCUCCUCCUCCUCCUCCUCCAGCAUGUAGUGCGGAUGCGGAGGGGGAUGCGAGCAGCGCUUCUGUGUUCAGCUCCCCUUUUUCUGCAGUGCCACCGGCGACGAGGGGGAGACUGCAGACGUACACUCAGGGAAUUCUGCCUGUGUCCUACAGGCAGUCCAGCCAGAACUACUGCUGUCUAGAGGGGGGUCCGAUAGCCAACUCUGCCCUGGAGCUGCAGAGAUCCAGACGGAGGCUGAUAUCCCAGCGGUCUUCACUGGAGACUCUUGAGGAUAUUGAGGAAAACGCCCCUCUACGCAGAUGCCGAACUUUAUCCGGUUCACCGCGGCCAAAGAGUUUCAAGAAGGUCCACUUCAUCAAAAAUAUGAGGCAGCAUGACAUGCGCAAUGGAAGGAUAGUCCUUAUGAGUGGCAGAAGAUCCUUCUAUAGUGUAUUUUCUGUCCUGCCCUAUCGAGAUUGUAGCCAAACAGGGGAUGUGAAGGCAGAGAGCGGACGCCAGCGACACCCCUCGGGUGGCAUGAGUGCCAAGGAGAUGGUGAUCGGCCUGGAGGGUGUUGAGUUGGGUGCAGAUGGCAAGACUGUUUCAUACACACAGUUCCUGUAUCCAACCAACGUCCUGGGUCGUCGUAACACCAUCGACUCCACGUCGUCUUUCUCUCAGUCUCGGAACGCCAGUCACCGCAGCCUCAUUCUGGCACGUGCCAACAGUAACCAGAGUAGCCUUGAUACAGGGAAUGAACUGGGAGAUUUCAGGGAGUACGACCCAAAUCUUCUGGAUGACCCGCAGUGGCCAUGUGGAAAGCACAAAAGAGUGCUCAUAUUUCCCUCAUAUAUGACCACAAUCAUUGAGUAUGUCAAGCCCUCUGAUCUCAAGAAGGACAUGAAUGAGACCUUUAAGGAGAAGUUCCCUCACAUUCGUCUAACACUGAGCAAGAUAAGAAGCCUGAAGAGAGAGAUCCGUAAGCUAGCUCAGGAGGAGUGUGGCUAUGAAGAGUCCACAGUGGCCAUGGCUUUUGUUUACUUUGAGAAGCUGGUGCUGCAGGGUAAACUCAAUAAACAGAACCGUAAACUCUGCGCCGGUGCCUGCGUCCUCCUUGCAGCCAAGAUUGGAGGAGACCUUAAGAAGCAUGAAGUCAAGCACCUGAUUGAUAAACUAGAGGAGAGGUUUAGGGUGAACCGGAGAGAGCUGAUUGCCUUCGAGUUCCCCGCUCUGGUGGCCCUCGAGUUCAAUCUGCACCUCCCAGAGCACGAGGUCAUGCCCCAUUAUAGACGCCUCCUGCAAAACUCCUAGCGACAGCUCAGACAGAGUCCUCCUUCUCCCUUGAUCUUCUCGACCAGAAAGCCCCUAUAUACAUCUCUGAUGUCCUCGAUCAUCUCCAGAUGUUGGAAUGAAGACACUAUUCCUCUGUUAUAAAAAAAAGACUUCUCAGCCAAAGUGACAACUCUAUACUGAACUCUUUCUAAAGGGAGUGUCUUGUUUCCUAGAAUUGAUCCUUUGACCUUUGGGUACAUUUUAAGUGUUUGUUUUUUCAGUUGAAUUUUGCCUACUUGCAGGUUUAUGGUAAGUGUUACGGUUCAAGUGUUCAGGAAUGAUUAAACCUUUAAGUGAGUUUCCAAGUUUCAGGAGGACAUUUUUAUUCUAAACAAGUUUGGGCUGUUUGAUUUGUGUUCUUUUCACAGAUGACAGUAUUCCUUAAUUUCCUCUUUCAUAACAUGUUGCAUCUUCCUUUUUCCUAAAUUUUGACAUUCUGCCAAAUCUGCCUAGUUUCUCUGCACUUGCUCUUUCUUGGUUGAAAGCCUUAAAAUUGGGGAGUCAGAUGAUUCUAAACUCUUAGAAGUAUGUGACUGUUCCCCGCUGAUCUUCUCCUCAUGUACUUCAAGUGCAAAUUUCGAGUCUUUGGUAUGGUAGACCUGCACAGCCUCUGUAGAACAACAUGGUAGAUGGUUCUUCAUCUCAUUUCCUCAUUUAAAUUCAUUUUAUCCAGCAUUCCUGCUUUUAGCCCUGCUGAAUUUCCAUGCUGGUUUGGUGCUGGUCUAGCUAUUGGAUCAGGAAAAUCAUGCUUCUCUCCUGCAUGAAAUGCUGGUUAAACAGUAUGAUCAUUCUGGUGAGGCUGGUUGACCAAGGAAGUCUUGCUGGUCUUUUCAGCAGGGAGUUUAACCACCCCACUCAAACAUAUGUUGUAGACGGUAACAGCAGUAUCUCUGGUGGGAUUUUAUACAGUUCUUAAGGGGUACAUUUACGUACUCCUGUGGUUUUUCUACCCUUGUUUGUCGAUUUUGACACUGUAGUGGUGUGGCUCGCUGCACUCAUGGUUACUGUGUCCGUGCUCUAUGUUAGAGUGGAUUUUGAGCACAUUUGUAGUGCUACACUGUAUGAUGCGGCAUCAGAUCAUACCGCUGAUAAUCAUUGCUUACUAUUUUGCCUACAUGGGGCCAGCAGAGUGGUGGGAAAGGCCAUCUGCGUGACUCGUAUGCUACGGUGUUGACUAAUGCAUGAACACCAUAGCAGUGUUAAGAACUACGUCAAACUUUCUUUUGACUUGUAAACGCUACUUUUAAACAUUUGUUUGAUUUGAUGAUCAUUUUAAAUCAGUUCUGAACAAAAUAUUUGUUUUUCUUUCACUAUUGGUGGUACAGAAUUGUGUGUAAGUGGAAUAUUAUCUCACAGCGCACUGUUGUCUGUGUUACUGCAUUCAUAAGGGGCCAUUCACACUGAACAUAUUUUUGCUUCCGGUUGCUCUCUUUUUUUAAUGGUUGUUCUAUGUAAACAUGUGCUAAAUGGACUUCUUUGACAGUUGAACCACAUCUCGCUGUUUUUUCAGCAUCUUGCACUGGAACGGCUUCGUGACUAUCUGCUUUCUGUUCCACUCAUUGCGCUACGUCUAGAUUUUUUUAAUGCAAGAAUGUGUUUGGUCUGAAGGACCCCUGACUUAAAUUAAGUAUGUGUAAAGUGUAUUAUGUUCACUAUGCACUACUAAGUUAUGAACAACAGUUAAAGAAUAAAAUCUGUUCAGAGCUAUCCAGUCAUGGCAGAAGGAAUCGAACGUACAUUCAGGACAGUCAUGGCAAACUUGCGCAUUUAACCUUAAUUGUAAGAUUAAUAAUGUCUAGAAUGUGAAAAGAUUAUUGUGAAGAGGAUUUGGCCUUGAGAAAUGCACUUUAGGAUUUUUAGUGAGUAUCUUGGAUGCCCAAAACCGAUGAACGUUUGUACAAUGCAGAUACAUUUGUGUAAAUAUGCUGCUUUGCUUGUUCAAUAAAAAG